GUCACAUGCCCGGAUAUAGGAAGUGUUGGGGGAAGGGCCGCUUCCCGUUCAACGCUUUAUUGAGGGGCGCAUCCUAGUGGCCCCCAUCCGGUCUCCGUUUUGGAAGACCUGCCUCGGCACAGCCAGGCUCAGUCCGGCCUUGCGUUUUAUCUUCUAGAUGACAAUGCUUCAUGCACUGAUAUAUCUCAGCAGCAUACAGGGCCCAGUGCACACGGGCACUCACGCUGACCGGCUAUUUGUCACACAGUGUAGUGGUCCAACUGAGCUGAAGGAAACAACCAGUACAGACUGAGGAAAGAUGACAGCAAUCAAGCAUGCAUUACAAAGAGACAUUUUUACACCAAAUGAUGAACGCCUGCUGAGCAUUGUGAAUGUCUGCAAAGCAGGAAAAAAGAAAAAGAACUGUUUUUUAUGUGCCACAGUGACAACUGAACGCCCUGUGCAGGUUAAGGUGGUCAAAGUCAAGAAAUCCGAUAAGGGAGAUUUCUACAAAAGGCAGAUUGCAUGGGCCCUUCGAGAUCUUGCUGUGGUAGAUGCCAAAGAUGCUAUCAAAGAAAAUCCUGAAUUUGAUUUACACUUUGAAAAAAUAUAUAAAUGGGUUGCCAGCAGCACUGCUGAAAAGAAUGCAUUUAUUUCAUGCAUUUGGAAAUUGAAUCAGCGAUAUCUCCGGAAGAAAAUUGAUUUUGUCAAUGUUAGCUCACAGCUUUUGGAAGAACUGCCUAAAGUUACAGAAGAAUCUGUUCCAAGUGGAGAAAAUCAGAGUGUGACAGGAGGUGAUGAAGAAGUAGUAGAUGAAUACCAAGAGUUAAAUGCAAGAGAAGAACAGGAUAUCGAAAUAAUGAUGGAAGGCUGUGAAUAUGCAAUCUCGAAUGCGGAAGCCUUUGCAGAAAAAUUGUCCAGAGAGCUGCAGGUGCUAGAUGGGGCUAACAUCCAGUCAAUCAUGGCAUCUGAAAAACAAGUCAACAUCCUGAUGAAAUUGCUAGAUGAGGCUCUAAAGGAGGUAGAUCAGAUUGAACUGAAACUGAGCAGUUAUGAGGAAAUGCUCCAAAGUGUAAAAGAACAAAUGGAUCAGAUCUCUGAAAGCAACCACCUAAUUCAUCUUAGUAACACUAAUAAUGUAAAACUCCUAUCUGAGAUAGAGUUCCUUGUGAACCACAUGGACUUGGCCAAAGGUCAUAUAAAGGCCCUUCAGGAAGGAGAUCUUGCUUCUUCCAGAGGCAUUGAGGCCUGCACCAAUGCUGCUGAUGCCCUUCUGCAGUGCAUGAAUGUAGCUCUUCGACCAGGCCAUGACUUGCUUCUGGCAGUCAAACAGCAACAGCAGCGAUUCAGUGAUUUGCGAGAGCUUUUUGCCCGGAGACUGGCCAGUCACCUCAACAAUGUUUUUGUUCAACAGUUUACUCAGGCCCUCCUUCAACUCUAUAACAGGUCCUACUUUCUUUCGGUUCCUGGUCAUGAUCAGAGUUCGACUCUUGCCCAACACUCUGUUGAACUGACUUUACCCAAUCAUCAUCCAUUUCAUAGAGAUUUGCUCCGAUAUGCCAAGCUGAUGGAGUGGCUAAAGAGUACAGAUUAUGGAAAAUAUGAAGGACUAACAAAGAAUUACAUGGAUUAUUUAUCCCGACUAUAUGAAAGAGAAAUCAAAGAUUUCUUUGAAGUUGCAAAGAUCAAGAUGACUGGCACAACUAAAGAAAGCAAGAAGUUUGCUACACUGCCUCGAAAAGAAAGUGCUGUCAAACAGGAAACAGAGAGUCUUCAUGGAAGUUCGGGGAAAUUAACUGGAUCUACUUCUAGUCUAAAUAAGCUCAGUGUUCAGAGUUCAGGGAAUCGCAGAUCUCAGUCAUCUUCCCUGUUGGAUAUGGGAAACAUGUCUGCCUCUGAUCUCGAUGUUGCCGACAGGACCAAAUUUGAUAAGAUCUUUGAACAGGUACUAAGUGAACUGGAGCCCCUAUGUCUGGCAGAACAGGACUUCAUAAGUAAAUUUUUCAAACUACAGCAACAUCAAAGUAUGCCUGGAACUAUGGCUGAAGCAGAGGACCUGGAUGGAGGAACAUUAUCACGGCAACAUAAUUGUGGCACACCACUGCCUGUUUCAUCUGAGAAAGAUAUGAUCCGCCAAAUGAUGAUUAAAAUAUUUCGCUGCAUUGAGCCAGAGCUGAACAACCUAAUUGCAUUAGGAGACAAAAUUGAUAGCUUUAACUCUCUUUAUAUGUUAGUCAAAAUGAGUCAUCAUGUGUGGACUGCACAAAAUGUGGACCCUGCUUCUUUCCUAAGUACUACAUUGGGAAAUGUUUUGGUGACUGUCAAAAGGAACUUUGACAAAUGCAUUAGUAACCAAAUAAGGCAAAUGGAAGAAGUAAAGAUCUCAAAGAAGAGUAAAGUCGGAAUUCUUCCAUUUGUUGCUGAAUUUGAAGAAUUUGCUGGACUUGCAGAAUCAAUCUUCAAAAAUGCUGAGCGUCGUGGAGACCUGGAUAAAGCAUACACCAAACUUAUCAGAGGAGUAUUUGUUAAUGUGGAGAAAGUAGCAAAUGAAAGCCAGAAGACCCCCAGGGAUGUGGUUAUGAUGGAAAACUUUCACCAUAUUUUUGCAACUCUUUCUCGAUUGAAAAUCUCAUGUCUAGAAGCAGAAAAAAAAGAAGCCAAACAAAAAUACACAGAUCACCUUCAGUCUUAUGUCAUUUACUCUUUAGGACAACCUCUUGAAAAACUAAAUCAUUUCUUUGAAGGUGUUGAAGCUCGCGUGGCACAGGGCAUAAGGGAGGAGGAAGUAAGUUACCAACUUGCAUUUAACAAACAAGAACUUCGUAAAGUCAUUAAGGAGUACCCUGGAAAGGAAGUAAAGAAAGGUCUAGAUAACCUCUACAAGAAAGUUGAUAAACAUUUAUGUGAAGAAGAGAACUUACUUCAGGUGGUGUGGCACUCCAUGCAAGAUGAAUUUAUACGCCAGUAUAAGCACUUUGAAGGUUUGAUAGCUCGCUGUUAUCCUGGAUCUGGUGUUACAAUGGAAUUCACUAUUCAGGACAUUCUGGAUUAUUGUUCCAGCAUUGCACAGUCCCACUAAACCUUGUGAAAGAAGAAAAGAUAACUGAAUGAAGCAUUUGAGUAUACCAGACACUAUACCAAAAUACCAAGCAACUGUUUUGAGAACCCAGACUUAAAAUUUUAUGUAUUAUUAAAUGUUAGAUAAAUGGGUAGUACCAUACUACAAAUAUUUAAAUGCAAAAUUACCAACCUAUAUAGCAGUUUUAUUUGCCCUAUAGGUUGCAUACUAACUUAAGCGUUCAUGUCAUCAUAAAAUGCCUUUAGCAUUUCUCAAUGACUGGAUGGGAAAUUUUCCUUUAUUGCCUAGCUGCUUGUGUUUGAGUGGUUGUCCUAUGAGCAAUGCAUUUGGAGUUCUUCAGCUUUCACUACUUCUCUGUUGCUUGCUAAUCAUGUAACUACUAAAAUACUGUACAAAAUUGUUUUUUCACACUAACAAAUGUGUAUAUGGAGAAGAGGGCUCAUGUGAUGAUCAUUUGUGAACUUAGAUUUUUGAGGAUUAUGUGACUAGUAAUAAAUGUGAAAUAAAUUUUCAAAAAA